GUCAACAUUGACUUUUCGCGCACGUCCUGCAGAUGACUUCUGUUACACCGUGUCACCCAAUGGCUUUCAGACCGAACGGAUUCUUUUCUAGGCGACAAAAUGCCAGUCCACUGCUCAAACCUCCCACCUGCCCCUGAGCCGAAACGAGUGUUCUUCGAUCCCUUCAAUUCUUCUUCCACGGGCCACCAGCGAGCUGAGAACCGGUUGUCGGGGAGCACGUCAUGGCGAGAGUCGCGAUCGUACAAACUAAGGCACCAGCUCCGUGACUCGAGCGGAAGAGGAGGCGGGCAACAUUUGUCGGACCUCGUGGGCGCGGGGAGUGAGAAUUUUGGAAAAGACGGGCGGAAAGACAAUGGAAGUUGGGAGCCUGGUGCGCCAGGAUCGAGGGAGAAAGGGUGGCAGGAUAUUCGAGGGUUGAUGAGCGGGAAUAGGAAGCGGUCCGUUGAAGAGAAAGACGAUAUGAUGGAGCAGGAAAAGAGGAGACGCACGUCCGACGAGUUCGGGCCGCAGAUGGAUGUAAUUCGACCAGGCCGAGAAACUACCACGAUCAGAGAGGUGGCUUCCGCAUACAAGUCAUCCUCAACAGCAGAAGACAUUUGUGUCAGAAAUGAAAGAAUACCUGUACCUGUGCCUGCGCCACCGCCGCCACAAAUCUUUCGCAACUUGAACAUCUACCUCAACGGGUCGACCGCGCCGCUGAUUUCGGACCACAAACUGAAACAGCUUUUCUCACGACACGGCGGGAACACAUCGAUAGCACUGGGUCGUCGGACGGUCACACAUGUGAUUAUCGGCAACGAUUGCGGCGGUGGUCUGGCGAGCGGCAAGAUCCAAAAAGAAGUCGCCCUUGUGGGCGGGAAAGGAGUGAAAUAUGUCACUGCCAGCUGGGUGCUGGAUAGUAUCGAGAAAGGUAUCAGGCAGCCUGAGGCCCGCUAUGUGCCGAAACCCCUUGAUGGGAGGAUAGCAGGGAGCGGGCAGGGGAGUGUGAGGGAUAUGUUCGUGAAAAAGACGACGAAAUGAGUUGCAUUGCAUGGCGAACGAAAGCGAGACCAAGAGAAUGUCCGGUGCAUGGCGUUAAACGGAAUAUGGACUACAGUUAUGACCAGGGAGCAACAGGACUGCAACGAUUACGACUUAUGCAUGGUUCAUGAGGGUUUGGAUUGCAUUGAGCUUGAUAUAGGGGAUAACAGCGAUAAAGCAAUCAUUCGCAUCGAGUGUGAAGGAUGGUUAUGGUUGACAGAUUUUAUCAUCGCAUUGCAUCGAGAUGUCGGAUGGCGACUUUCCAACGUUGCUGUAUAAGCAUGGGAGGCCGUCAGUUAUGAGAAUGAGAUGCAGUCGGGAAGAACAUGACUGUCGACAGUCAUCGUCCACGUUUUAUGCUCGGUGUCAAUUCGUGCUCAGAUUCGGCCAUUCUGUCAAC